AACAUAUGCCCGACAUACACUGAAGUAUUUCACGCGAGCCAUGGCAGCGUAUGGCAGCAAAGAGUUUGCUAAAAUCGACUACGAUGCAUGGGCGCAAACGAGAAGCACAUUGGUCUAUAUCGCUCGCAUGAUUGUUGGCCGGAGCAAAUAUGUGGUUGUAAUUGUUGGCGACAAACUUCCAGAGGCCAACUCAUUGGGUUUUGGAUACAGCACCACUAAAGUACACGGUCUAUUCAAACUGCUUGACGAACAUCCGCAGUGCACCGUGUAUUACGGUAGUGAACAUCGUACGUCUAAAUGCUGUUGCCGUUGUGGCCAAGUACUGCUGGAUGCCCGUAUGGGCGAGAGCCGUAGCCUGGCAGAGAAGGAGGAUCGUCGACCGCGGGAUCAUCGCAAACAAACGGAAAAGAGUCGCACCAAAGUCUGUUUGAUGUGUAAACCAAUGGACUUGAAGGGAAUGUUGCCAAUGAUGCGGUCACCAUUGCCGGAAAAAACGAUAUACGUGUUGAAGAAUAAACGCGAAUUACAAAUCGAACGAGAGGCUGCUAAUAAAGGUCAAACACUUUCGAAAAAUCAGAAAUACGCUCAUUUAGAGAAAAUUACGUGGAAGAGCAAGCACACAAUUUCCAAGACGACGGGUAAACGAUUUCGACGUCGUAAAACCAAAUGGAGAAUGCGUCAAAUUGAGAACGACGACAUUGAUGUGUGUUUUUCCAUUUGGAAGCGACACCAAUUCAACGGCGCUUAUGCGUUAGAUGCGGUUGCAUCAAGAUCAUUAAAUCGCGACAUCAAUGCUUCAAUCAACAUUCGAAAACUGUUUUAUUGCGACACAUAUGAUGUUUCACGGCCUGCAAAUUUCACUGAACCGGCACCAAGACAAAACGAUCGAACUAAAAGACGAAGAUUGGAAAUGGAUGAAGCCAGAAUAAGUGCCACCAAAAAUUAUCAUCGCACCAAAAGUCGUCGUAACAAUCCAAAUGUCAGUGGACUAGAACCACAACCGGUAAUUAAUUGAAAAAGGACACUAUACAAUUAUUCAAAUAUAUAUUCAUUUUAUUUUUCUUAUUUUCCACUCCAUA